AACCAUUCCUUCUCAUGAAACUGUCAAAGAAACCUUUCAUCAUCUUACACUUCUGAUUUCCACGUUCUCUCUCUCUCACGCUCGCAGAACACAGAGCACCAAUGUCUGACGUUGUGGUCCCAGAAGUGGUACUGAGCUCUGGCACGAGGAUGCCGUUGAUCGGGAUGGGUGGGGCCAUGAGCAAUCUGCCGCUGCCGGACGUGCUGACAUCCAUAUACCUCGACGCCAUUGAAGUCGGGUACCGCCACUUCGACACAGCAGCAUGCUAUGGCUCCGAAGAGGCGCUCGGCCGGGCCGUCGCUGAGGCCCUGGACAGAGGGCUCGUCAAGAGCCGCGCCGAGAUCUUCAUCACCACCAAGCUCUGGUGCACUGACGCUCAUCCGGGUCUUGUUCUUCCUGCUCUCAAGAAGUCUCUCCAGAGGCUGGGGUUAGAGUAUGUGGAUCUGUAUCUAAUCCACUUGCCAAUAAGACUGAAGGAAGGAACGGAAGGGUUCGAUUUCAAAGGCCAAAUGUUGCCGUUUGACAUGAAAGGGACAUGGGAGGCCAUGGAAGAGUGCUCCAAUCUGGGCUUGGCCAAGUCCAUUGGAGUUAGCAACUUUGGCACCAAGAAGCUCUCUCAACUCCUCAUGCAUGCCACAAUACCUCCUGCUGUUAACCAGGUGGAGAUGAAUGUGGGAUGGCAACAAGAGAAGCUGAGGGCGUACUGCAAAGAGAAGGGAAUACAUGUAAGUGCGUGGUCUCCAUUGGGCGCGAAUGGAGCUCCUUGGGGUUCAUUAGCGGUUGUGGAGAGUCAUGUGCUUAAGGAGAUUGCUGUCGCCAAAGGAAAGACCGUGGCUCAGGUUGCGCUGAGGUGGAUACAUGAGCAAGGGGUUACUGUGAUAGUGAAGAGUUUCAACAAGGAUAGAAUGAAAGAGAACUUGCAAAUCAUCGAUUGGGAACUUAGCCAGGAGGACUCAGACAAGAUCAAGCUUCAGAUCCCACAAAAAAGAGGAUUUUCUGGUGAUGUAUUCGUUUUCGAAGAUGGGCCUUACAAGUUGUUGGAUGAGCUCUGGGAUGGAGAUAUUUGAAUUAGAUCACACAUCUGAUGAUUUAUACAUGAUGAUCAUGUGUCACACUCUCUGAUGAUCUGCUGCAGAUGAUGAUGUUCAAUAAUUGCAGCAUUUAUUUUGUAUUUUCUCAUUGCAAAUCUAUAUGAAAUCAGCCUUGUGUUUUCACUAUA